AUGUCGCUGAAUCUUGGUGAUCCAUUCCCGAACUUCAGUGCCGAUACCACAAUCGGUGCGAUCGAUUUCCACCAGUGGAUAGGCGACAGUUGGGCCAUUCUGUUUUCCCAUCCGGCGGAUUAUACACCCGUAUGUACGACGGAAUUGUCGGCGGUGGCGAAACUGGUGCCGGAAUUUGCCAAGCGCAAUGUGAAACCGAUCGCCUUAUCAUGUGACACGGUAGAAUCGCACCGCGGAUGGAUCGAGGACAUCAAAGCGUACGGCCAGCUGGCCACCGGCGAUGCUUUUCCCUUUCCCAUCAUUGACGAUUCGCGCCGGGAGCUGGCGGUGAAGCUGAACAUGCUCGAUAAGGAUGAGAUCGGAUCAGCCGGUUUGCCGUUAACGUGCCGGGCAGUGUUUGUGAUCGAUGCUGGCAAGAAGUUGCGCCUUUCGAUCCUUUACCCGGCGACAACGGGACGCAACUUUGCGGAGAUACUACGCACGAUCGAUUCAAUGCAGCUGACGGACAAGCGCAAGGUUGCGACACCGGCCGAUUGGAUGCCGGGUGACAUGUGUAUGGUGCAACCGACGGUUCCGGAGGAUCAGCUGGAGUCAUUGUUCCCGACAGGCGUAAACAGUGUCACGUUGCCUUCGGGGAAAAAAUACCUACGCAAAACGGAGUGCCCAAAGUGA